AUGACGCCCAAGAAUGUGCUAUAUGCCCUGUUUGUCUUCUGCUUGCUCUAUUUCCUGCCUCAAAUCAUUGACAUGGAUGAGCGGAACCAGAUUCUGACAGCAUAUUUAUGGAUACGACAGGUGUGGGUUGAUGCGUAUCUCACCUGGAAUAAGAAUGACUACGAUGGCCUCGAUACCAUCCGUAUUCCUGGUAGUUAUGUCUGGAGACCUGAUAUAGUCUUAUAUAACAGCUCUGAUGAUCACUUCACUAGCACCAUGGACACCAACGUCGUAAUCCGUCAUGACGGCCAGAUCAUGUGGGACGCACCAGCCAUCACCAAAAGCUCCUGCAAGGUGGACGUUUCCUUCUUCCCCUUUGACGCCCAGCAGUGCCGUCUGACCUACGGGUCAUGGACCUACAACGGUAAUCAGCUGGAUAUUCUGAACGCCAUGGAGAGUGCAGAUCUCGCAGACCUGGUCGACAACGUGGAAUGGGAAGUGCUGGGAAUGCCGGCCAAGAGGAACAUCGUCCUGUACGGCUGCUGCGCGGACCCGUAUCCAGACAUCACUUACACUCUGAAACUAAAGAGACGAGCUUCGUUUUACGUAUUUAACUUGCUCAUUCCUUGCGUUAUGAUCUCGUUCUUAGCCCCGCUGGGCUUUUAUCUACCCGCAGACUCUGGGGAGAAAGUGUCGCUGGGCGUCACCGUGAUGUUGGCCCUCACUGUGUUUCAGCUGUUGGUGGCUGAGAUCAUGCCGCCUUCCCAGAACGUUCCUUUGAUUGGAAAGUAUUACAUCGCCACCAUGACUAUGAUAAAUGCAUCCACGGCCCUGACCAUCUUCAUUAUGAACAUACAUCAUUGUGGGCCGGAGGCCAAACCCGUUCCCAACUGGGCCAAAAAGUUCAUCCUGCAGUAUCUGGCCAGGAUUUGCUUCGUCUACGAAGUCGGCGAGAACUGCAUGACUGCACAACCAGAGACUUCAGAUCAUCAACCUCCAAAGCCUCCCGACUCCAGUCACAUGAACGGCUGUGCCGGAAAAGAUGAUGUUCUUUUUCAAUUUGACCGAAGACAAGAUACCACACUUCCAAAGUUUCCGGAAGACCAAUCUCAGAUGAUGAGCCCAUGCUCGCUGGGAAAACAGCCCACCUGUCGAUACGGGGCAUGGAGAGAGGGAGCGUUUGUGAGUAUGGAUUACGGUGGCGGAGCAGGAGAAAUAGGAAAGGUAACAGGAGGUGGAGGCGAUGGAGAUCGUGAUGAUGGGUCCAAACGUCCAUGCAUGUGCGAACAACAGGUUCUCAUGAGGAAUAUUGAGUAUGUGGCAAACUGUUAUCGCGAUCAGAGAGCUACAGCGAAACGAACAGGAGAAUGGAAGAAAGUGGCGAAGGGUUUGGACCGGUUCUUCAUUAUGGUUUUCUUCAUGAGUUUACAUAUAAUGGGGAAAGUUAUAUGACAGUGUGUAACUUUGCAUAACAUAUUGCAUAGGAAACUGUUUUUGCUCACUUAAUAUUUA